AUUCACAACUCGCUCCCUCAGUCAUUGGAGCCUUUUUAAUGGUUUCUCUGAAGUUUCUUUCAGACCAAACAAAACCCAAAGAAAGGGCACCAACACCAACCUCCCCAAACUGGCAAGUGAAAGAGAAAGGAAAGUAUUAGUAAAUUCCAUUAACCAAUCAACAUUCAUUCUUCUCUUUCCCUAUUAUUGGUGGGAAGUUUCUCUCUCUUCUCUCAGUUAUUUUGGAUCUGUGGAAUGCUCCUCUCUUUCCUUGAACUAGGUAAAGAAAAUGGCUAGAGAGAAGAUUCAGAUCAAGAAGAUAGAUAACGCCACGGCAAGGCAAGUCACCUUUUCUAAACGCCGAAGAGGGCUUUUCAAGAAAGCUGAGGAGCUUUCCGUCCUCUGUGAUGCUGAUGUUGCUCUCAUCGUCUUCUCCUCUACUGGCAAGCUAUUUGAGUACUGCAGCUCUAGCAUGAAGGAAAUACUAGAAAAGCAUGACUUGCACUCGAAGAAUCUUGAGAAGCUAGAACAACCAUCUCUAGAGUUGCAGUUGGUAGAGGACAGCAACCACUCCAGGUUGAGCAAGGAGAUUGCAGAGAAAAGCCAUCAACUGAGACAAAUGAGGGGAGAAGAGCUCCAAGGAUUAAAUAUAGAAGAGUUGCAGCAACUAGAAAAGUCUCUUGAAGCUGGCUUAAGCCGUGUGAUUGAAAAGAAGGGAGAGAAAAUUAUAAAAGAAAUCAGGGAACUUCAAACAAAGGGAAUGCAAUUAAUGGAAGAGAAUGAACGACUUCGACAACAAGUGGUGGAGAUAUCUAAUGGCCGAAAGCAGGCUGCUGCUGAUUCAGAGAAUUUGGUUUAUGAGGAAGGGCAGUCGUCGGAGUCUGUAACCAAUGUCUGCAACUCAAAUGGUCCUCCACACGACUAUGAAAGCUCAGAUACGUCCCUCAAGCUGGGGUUAGUGUUGUGCUAUAGUUUUCUGUAUAUGCUACUAAAUUUAACUUAUAUACUUUGAUUAUUUCCCAAAUUAAUAUGAUUUCUCAUUGGAAACAGAUCUUCCCAAGAUACUGAAAAUGC